GUCCUGCCUCAUCACAACCUCUGAGCAUCAACGCUGAGAUCCUUCAACUUAACCGUUAACCUUCAGAAAAUAAAGGAUGGAGCGAACGUUGAUCCUGUUCUUCGCCACACUGAUGGUUUUCGGGACAUCGGGCGUCCAGGCACAGUUUUCAUUUGCCACAAAUGUUACGGUCAACAUCACCAGGACAGGAUGUGGGUCCACCAAACUGUGUGUGCAGCAACCAAACGCCUGUGACCCCGCGGGAAGCAGCGGCUGUCUUUUUGGCUCUUCGGCGGUCGUAAAUGCAACUGCAAAUGACUUUUUCUUUCAGCUGAGUGGAAACGUCACAGGAAACUCCACAGAAUUUGUUGCUCUGCAGCUCAACCCAAACUCAACUACGAAUGCCGGGCUUAUCUUUGCAUGCAUUCAGAACAAUUCAACCUUCUCCUUCCAGACGUUUAUGAUGAACUCAGCUGGAAAUGUGACACGGUUUAACAGGACUGUGACACAAAUUCGAGGACUGGCAAAUACGACCAAGAUCCAGUGCGAGUUCAGUGUUGCAAAUCUGACUGUCUCCGGCACCGCCAGCCUCCUCAGGAGCCAGGACAACGCUUUCAGCUUCAGUCUCGCGUCUGGAACUCUAAACGGAGAAAGUCUGGUGUUCGCUCAAACCUUCCGCGCUGGUGUACUGGACCUAGCCAACCCGACAGCAAACGUAGCAAACACCACAACUGCACCAAACACCACUACGCCAGCAUCAGGAAGCAACCGGGCUCUCCACUCUGAAGGUGUGCUGCUCCUGACAGGCAUCCUCUCACUGGCCUUUCUGAAAACGGCCUGAAUCCAAGCAAAAAAAAAAACAAACACAAAAAAAACAAAGACGACACGGUGAAGGAAGUUGAUGUUUAAAACAACAAAAAACUGAGUGUCAUUCUGUUUAUGAAGUGUUUUUUCCCCUUAAACUACAGUAUAUAAAUGUCUUUUUGCACAGUUUGUUAAUGCUUAGAAAUGAAGAAACCAGUCAAGUACCGUCUGCAAACCACUCAUGUUUUUAAUAAUUAAAUGUUUGUUUUUUAAAUUUUGUAAUUAAUUUAAAUGUAUUCUAUCUUUUUGUUCAUCACAACUUUUAUCCAGGAGUUAAUUUGUUGGUAAUAACCUGCUGKUUAACCUGAGCUGACGCUGAGUCARCUUUCUUUGAGAAGGACCGGUUCCAGCUCAAGGUUUUGUUUUGUAAGUAAAAAAAAGAGAAAAAGACUCAUCAGGAGUCUCUUUGUUCAUCGGAUGAAUUAAAGAUCUCAUGUGACCUGAAAAACAAACAAAAAAACRUAGUUUGACUCUUGUUUGUCGUGGCGGGCGCACCUUUGGUCACGGUACAGAGGAAAAAUAAAUAAAGAGCCAUCUGACAACAUUUUUCUGUUCAACUUUACUCAAGCGAAACCCAUUGAGUUCACAGCAUAGAGAUCAUAAUAGAGAACAGGUGCACUGGUCGGACUCUACAACCAGAGAAGGGUCUGUGUUCUCCUGUACUUAUGUUCUCCCAGAGUUAAUAAUAAAAGUCAUCAAACAUG